GCUGCUAGGCUGGUGGCUCACUUUUGCUUGCUGCCUUUUCCUGGCUGCAGGCUUGGGGGAUCAUCAGUCUCUCUGGUGGUCACACUGGCUUUCAUCUGCGGUGACAGAAGGAGAAGGGAGAAAGAAGCCAGCCUCACUGCUGCCACAGAACCCCCUCCAGCCAGGUAUGCCUCCUCUCCCAGCUGAACUGGGAACUGUUGGUUCCAGCUCCCAGAAGGACCAAGCGCCAGAAGAGCUCUGCCUUGAGAGCCUGGAAAACCUGCACCUGGCACCUCGGAGGGUCUCUGGUGGACUCACCUGUACAGAAUGUUGGGUGCAAGCAGAUGAUCCCAGGCCCCAGAGGAACCUGUCCAAGCGGGUUUUCAAUGGCACCAGGAGCCCCAGCACUAAAUGAUGAAGAUUUGUCAAGGGAGACAGAAGCCUUCCAUCAGGAUAACAGAUAACAUAACCAUGAAAAACUCAACAUCGUUGGCUGGCUACCAAGCCCUCAAAGACAACAAAAUCAUCAACAACAAUAGCCAGGGAGCCCCUUCUAGGCACGAGCAAGGACAGUGCCCUCAACUUCCUUGGACCCCCCCACCCAUGUAUUACCUUGGAGUUCACUCUAGCCCAGAGAGGUGAAUCCUGUUAAAACCAGGGACUAAAGCACAGAGAGGCCAAGUGAUUUGCCUGAGAUUACACAAAAAUAAAAAGAAAGUGCUGGAUUAAAACAAGCGGCAGGCUUCAGAGACUGAGUCGCUAACUUGGUACUUUCCAGGUACUAACGCAUACCACAGUCACGUGGAUGUCUUGUUAAAUGGCUGUUGUCUUAUUAAAGUUCUAUUUCAGCAGGUCAGGUAAAUCCUGCAUUUUUUUUUUAUAAGUUCCCAGGGGAGACCCAUGCUGCUAACUGGAGGACCCAGAAGCAAGUCACUCAGCCCCUCUGAGGUUCCAUUGUGGAGAUGAAGCCCGCCAGUGUCCAUUUACUGAUGGCAAUUCAGAAGAAAUGAUGUAACCUAGUGAAGUCCUUAGCCCAACAUCCAGAACAAUCACCAGCAGUGAAGAAUACAUACUGUCACUACCAUUCAGGGGAGAACUGCAAGGAAAAGUCCACAUCAGGUAUUUACUGACUCUUAGUAUCUUUGAGAAUGAGGCCCUGACACUCUGCUAGGCACUGAGAAGGCAAGAGACUAUUCUGCUCUCUACAAAGUUGGAUGGAUUUCCUCUUCAGCUCAGAACAGGUGGCCGCAGCCCCUGUCCGGGGACCUGUGCCAAUGACCCUAGUGGCGGUUUCGCUUUCUCCCCUCGCGGCGGUGUGAACGUGUGUCCACAGCGUGAUGGGCAACCAGGUGGAGAAACUGACCCACCUAAGUUACAAGGAAGUUCCAACGGCCGACCCUACUGGUGUGGACCGGGACGACGGUCCCCGCAUCGGUGUCUCUUAUAUCUUUUCCAAUGACGACGAGGACGUGGAGCCACAGCCACCGCCCCAAGGGCCGGAUGGCGGUGGUUUGCCUGACUGUGGGGAGCGGCCGCCGCUACCCCCGCCGCAGCCUUACGACCCGCGGCUACACGAGGUAGAGUGCUCAGUGUUCUAUCGCGACGAGUGCAUCUACCAGAAAAGCUUUGCGCCGGGCUCGGCGGCGCUGAGCACUUACACACCGGAGAACCUGCUCAACAAGUGCAAUCCAGGCGACCUGGUGGAGUUUGUGUCUCAGGCGCAGUACCCGCACUGGGCGGUAUACGUGGGCAACUUCCAGGUGGUCCACCUGCACCGGCUGGAGGUGAGCAACAGCUUUCUGACUGACGCGAGCCAGGGCCGACGCGGCCGUGUGGUCAACGAUCUGUACCGCUACAAGCCUCUGAGCCCCAGUACCGUGGUGCGCAACGCGCUGGCGCACGUGGGCGCCAAGGAGCGCGAGCUCAGCUGGCGCAACUCAGAGAGCUUUGCCGCCUGGUGCCGCUAUGGCAAGCGCGAGUUCAAGAUCGGCGGCGAGCUGCGCAUUGGCAAGCAGCCCUACCGCUUGCAGAUUCAGCUCUCGGCUCAGCGCAGCCACACUCUGGAGUUCCAGAGCCUGGAGGACUUGAUCAUGGAGAAGCGGCGUAACGACCAGAUUGGACGCGCGGCGGUACUGCAGGAGCUCGCCAUGCACCUGCACCCAGCGGAGCCGGAUGAGGGCGACAGCGAUGCGGCGCGGACUACGCCGCCUCCCAGGCCCACCCCUUCACCAGGCUUGGAGGGGGAGGAUGGAGAGGCAGUGGCACACUGACGGGCGAGUGGAGGGCAGCGCUGCAAAAGGGAGCUAUUUGCAGUAGCUGCUGCCCCUUUUCAUCUCCUCUUCCUCCCUUCCUCCCUCCUUCCUCUGCCGCCACUUGGGCCCCACUGGGAUUCCUGGGCCCUUUGGAAAAUGGAGAGUUGGAGAAAUACGCAGCCGGCUGUGAACAGGGAAGGAGGAAGGGAACAGAGGGAGCAGGUAGGAGUACUUUUGAGUGGAUAGUAUUUCCUUCCAGGCCCCCUCAGGCUUGUCUUCCUUUCUGUUGUGGGAUGAACUGAACGAUAAGACUUGCUUAAUCUGGGUUCAGAAUCGACCCUUAAACACGCAAGGUUGGAGAAAAGUUCAGAGUACCUAUCAGAGCCCUGCCAUUGCCUCUGCUUUCCCGUCUACACUGAGCUCGGAGCAUGCCUGGUACAAAGGCCAGAGGGGGGUUGGGGAGGCGCCACCAUGGCCAGCGCCUAGAGCUGCUUUUCAUCUUCCCCCGCUGAGCUGUGAGUGGGAUCCAGAAGGCUGGUGUGAUUUAUUUUAUGGGAUUCCUGGGGCGCUAGGCUGGUGAAACCAUGACGUGGUCUGUGACCAUCAGACCAAAACCAAGCAUCCCCCUAUUAAGUGUAACAAAUAGUUGAACAAACUACCUCCCUUCUCCAUCCUCAAGUAAUUCGUCUUCCGGAGCUUAGUCUCUUGCUCCACCCGCCCCUUUCCAGGUUACAAGUAAAUCAUUGUCAAGGGCCAGUCAGGGGAAGGAUUCAAUUAAGGUUCAGUUCUGCGCCUUUGUUUUUCUGCCUGCUGUUGUAGGCACUUAGAGCUGCAGUUAUUUGUUAGCAAAGGAGAGAAUAGCCCUUUGUGUCUGUGAUCUAAUUAAACCUGCUUUUGCUGGUCCACAGGUCACAGAUGGGGUUGGCUUGUGCCACCCCAUAAAGUAUCCACUAGGGAAGCAGCUGAACGGUGCUGCCCUGGCAAGAAUUAGUUAAUUUCCUCUUUGACUUCCUUCCUGCCCUUUCAAAAAUAGCUUUGGUGGUGAUCCUGUGAUUUUUCUUCCUUUUUAAAAAAUUUUCCUCUCACUGGCCCAUCUCCCUCACCUUCUCUCCUGUUCUGCUGCUGGUGGUAAAAUCUUGGGCUUGAGACCUGUUUCAUUAGGAGGAUACUUAUUUUGCCAGCCACACUUGAUGCAUUUUAAUUCAAGGGGCAAAGUCUUAUUAAUACUGCGACAGUCUCCUUGUUGCUUGGAGAGCACCCCUUCAGAGCCUUUGCAGUUAAGAGGGGUGACCUCCAUUACAGAUGCCACCUGGUGUAGUCAGCACAGAAUCUGAUGACAGCCCUAAAACAUAGGUUGGUAGCUAUGGCACCUGGUAGUGGCAGCCUAACAGCUGGAAUAGAGCCCUACUUGAGUAAUCCACAACCACCUUUUCAUCCUUGGGCUUUUUGCUUGGAGAGCUCUAAAUCAAGGCAGUGAGACUUAAGGAUUUUCUUGUCUGCUUCCUUUUUUCAGACAUAGAAGUUGAGGCCAUAAUUUUUAAAUGCCCAGAUCUUCUUAUAUCCCACCAUGAAACCUUUCUGUCAUAGGGCAUUAGCUAUGCUCCUAAUUUAACAAUGAUCACCAAACAGGUCCUGUUCCUUUGAUUGUUAAAAGUGAACCACACUCUAGCCCUGCUGGACUUUGAAGGAAAACCAGUCUCCCUUGGAAAUGGAGGUCUAGUUUUCAUGUUUAAUACUCACAGCUUUGCAUUCAUAUUCUCUCGCUCAUGGAAGAGCAGUACAAGUUAAAAUUGGGUGAAGACAUUUAGGAGAAUUUAUAUCUAACAGAUGGGAGGACCACUGUCCAGGUGGUAGGAAAUAAAAGAAAAAGUUGUCACUGCCCCACAACUCUGGGCUAGAGAACACCCCCUCCACCUCCGUCUGCUGGUCACACUGAGUGUAGCAGUGAGUGUGUUUUGUUCAAAAUGAGAUGCCUUGAAAGUCUCAACUUGAAGGAAAAGCGCCUAUAAAACCCACUGAGCUACUGUGUGCUCAGUUAAGGAGCAGACCACUCCAAGAAGAGGCUUUUGAUAAUGGCUUGAAAAUGGACUAGAAUAGGAAAUAGAUCUGUGCCAGAUGAUCCUUCCUGGAACAUAGUGCCAGUGUUUCUACGGGGCACCAGAGAUGCUAAAUGUGUAAUACUUAGGAAUAGGGGAUUCCACUGGAAAUUUUUUUAGGCGUAUAAUGCUUAAAGAAAAGCCACAACCAACUGGUGAAGGCUCCAAGAAAGAGGGUCAGAUCAACUCUUGGUUCUUAAGAUGGCAGUGUUGUGGAGAAGUGAUUCUUUUUUUUUUUUUUUUUUUUUAAUGCCCUGGCAAUGGCUACAUCUGGCACUUUAGAAAAAAAUACAUAUAUAUAUUUAAUAAUUUUUGUUUCUCCUUAGGAAUAAGACUUUAAAACUAUUUUGUACUGUGAAUUACGGAUGCUCUUUGAAGGAAAGAAAUAUCGAUUCCAAUAUUCCUCAGAAGCUCUGGCAGGGAUAAGCAGGACAUCGACUGGAACGUAGGCUAAAUGAAACCAGACAAAUUCUAUUUUCUUACCUGAGCAAAUAUUUUAUUGAGACUGCUUAUGUGUGUCAAAGAAGCCCACAACUUCAGCUACACAACUUUUUAUAUUAAAAGAACUCAUAGUUUUUGUAGCUUUUAUUCCACAUUUAAUUUAAAAUGACUUUGUAGCACUAAAAUGCCUAGCAGAAGACUUUAUUCCAGACCUUUAAGAAAAUUUUUAGUUUUUAUGAGGAAAAACACUUCAGUGGUUAUACUUCUUGUGUCCCUGGUGCUUCGGGCCCUAAUAGCACCAUUGGACCACAUGACAACCACAUGGAACAUAUUUUUUGGAAGCAAAACUUUUAAUUUUAUAUGACAUAUGCUAUGGAGAGCUAAGAAAAUUUAAGGACUAUUUUGUUUUGUUUUGUUUUCCUUAACACUGAGAUUCACUGUGUUGAAGACUCUUGAUAUUAUGUGCUUGUCUAACCAUUUUUUACAAAUUAGAAUACAAUCUUGUGUGAUCACAGUCGUAAGAUUUGUUUGGAAAGUUAGAUUUUACUUGUGAAUUUUUUUUUUUUUUUUUUUUUAAUCAGGAUAACUCUAACUUGACUGGUUUAUUCAAUUUUUCAUUAUGUUGUUUUGUUCUUGUGAGCCAUGGAGAAUUACACUAACAGGAUGAACUUCUUAUGCAUUUUAUUUCCCAGUAAACUGUAUAAACCUUAUUUUUUGUUGAAGGUUUUAUGUUAAAUCAAUGUUAUGUUCUUAUACCACUUCUUGAGAAGGAAGUUCCAAUUUGAAAUUGUAUCAUUUCCUUCAAAAUGAAGGGCAGUGCUUAGUUAAAUAAAAGAUUGAUGAUAUCUUUUAAGCCA